AUGGUUCCUCCUUUUGUCCAGUACCUUCUAAAUGUAAUACCUCGGCUGUGUGAGACUGUAAUUAUUGUAGUAGCAAAAUUUGGUGUCCAAGGAAUCACAUCUAGGGCACUCGAGGGCUGCUUCUUGUGGUGUUGCAGCCGUCUGAUGGCUGGCGAGCUCUGGCUUUUACCUUUGCGGGCUAUCUUUGCCUCCAUUCUACCAGCUGGUGACAUUCAGAACGUUCUAUUGACACUUGAAAAAGCAGCUUUCAAGGUCUCACAUCUCUGGCAGAAUGAGAAGAGACACGUGCAGAAGAAAAAGAACAAAAUAGAGAUAUACAUGCCAAGUGCCCAGAGUGAAAAUAAACCAGCUGAAUACAAAGAUGAUAUACAGACUACAUUGAACUUGUUUUGUGUUACUACAUCCCUGUGUGCUACAUACAAAUGA